CCUGUCAGUGAUCUGAAUCUGCUCAUUCAGCAAUCGCUGUGUAUAAAUAGGGCCACCCAGGACAGGUAGAGCACCUCUGCUGCAACCCACAGGUGAGUCAGUCUCGGGUACAACUCUACAGUCUACAGAUAAAGUCAACACCAUCUGCAACAUCGCCAUGCGUCUACUGCUGGUAUUCCUGCUCCUGGGGCUGGUCCUGCUGCCGGAUGCCGAGGGGUGGAGACGACGACGGCGGCGGGGGUGGUUCAAGCGCGUAGUGAAAUUCGCCGGGAAAGCGUACAAAGCGUACAAAACAUACAAGCAGUUUCAAAGAGGUCGCUACGGACGUGAUGCAAACGACCUUGACCUCAAUAAGGAUGGCGUAAUUGACCAGUUGGAAGCCGAGAAAGUUCUUGAUGAGCGCGCAGUGAAGGACUUUCUUCCUCUUCUGGAUGAAGACGGCAAUUCUCAAGUCAGCGUUGAUGAGUUCACCAGGGCCAUGCGUGACCUGAUGACCAUUGAUUCAGAUGAGGAUCUGAGAAGAGCUGCUGAAGAGGACGAAGACGUUGACGACCUCCACUCCAGCGAAUAGUGACGUCACUUCCCAUUUUCCUGAGCAAAUAAAUGCAGUAAUUGCC